AUGAGGGUCAUCGUUCGCGAACAUGCGGAAGGGGCCUCACAGUAUGCCGCCCGAUAUAUUAUCAACCGCAUAAAUUCUUUCGCGCCCACAGCGGAACACCCCUUCGUGCUAGGCCUACCAACAGGUAGCAGUCCGGAGCUAACCUACAAAUACCUUGUGAAGGCAUACAGGGAUGGCGAGGUCUCAUUUGCCAAUGUCAUAACGUUCAACAUGGAUGAAUAUGUCGGAUUACCUGAAGAGCACCCCGAGUCUUACCACAGUUUCAUGUACAAACAUUUCUUCGCCCAUAUCGACAUCAAUCCCGCCAAUGUGCACAUUUUGAACGGCAACGCUCCAGAUUUGACGGCAGAAUGUGCCGCUUACGAAGCGAAGAUUUCACAGGCAGGUGGAAUCGACCUGUUCCUCGGAGGGAUUGGAUCGGACGGACACAUUGCAUUCAACGAGCCAGGCUCCUCUUUGCGGUCACGCACGAGGGUCAAGACCUUGGCUAAAGACACCAUUCGAGCCAAUUCCCGAUUUUUUGGAGGUGAUUUGAGCCAGGUUCCUAGGCAAGCAUUGACUGUGGGCGUGCAAACCGUCAUGGACGCCCGAGAAGUCCUCCUCAUCGUGCUGGGGGCAAGCAAGGCUUUGGCUCUGGCCAAGACAAUCGAAGGAAAUGUCAGUCAGAUGUGGACUGCAAGUGCUCUCCAGAUGCACGAGCAUGCCACUAUUGUCUGCGACGACGCUGCUACAGACGAGAUGCUUGUGAAGACGGUCAAGUACUUCAAGAGCAUCGAACAGGUUUCGGCGGAGCAAGAAACUGCCACAGUUCCUGCGCAGAAACCGUCAGUAGCGAAAGUGGACAAUUGGCGAGGCGCUUUGAAGGACCUGAGGAUCGACACUGACAAGAAGCAAGUGGACCAAGAAGAUGGAGAGUUGACACCAGACAGCAUGUCAUCGAGGCUGGUGGAUUCGGCGAUUGCGAUGAACGACAAGAAGAUGGACGAUUUCAUAUUUGACCGGAUGGGGUCGAGAGUUUCAACCUUUGCAGCAUGA